AUGACGCUAGGCCCGUUUCAGAUAAACGCCCAAUCUGAUCAUGUCGGUGAGGCACACCUUCUAAGCUGGGAGUUUGGUUCAACAACAUUGAAAAAUCUGUUUGGCGCUCUCACUCUUCUCUUGCCAAAGAUUGGGCUUCACAGGGGACGGUCACAACCGCCCUCUUCUCAGAACGCCAAGGCUGGCUACUCUUGCCUCUCUGACAACAUCCCAAAGGAGUAG